UUCCUCUCACAAAUAACCAACUGUUCUUGCCAUGGUGAAGCCGCUCAACAAGGAAUGGCAGCUCUUCGGGCACAAGUACCGCGUCGCUGGCGCAAAGGGAGCGAAAGUGGACUGCAAGGCCUGCCACAAGCAGGUUUCUGCGGCUGUCAACCGCCUACAAUCGCACAUGCGCAUAUGCCCGGCACGCUCCUCGCUGGCGACGACUCUCCUCAACUCUACCAGCAACAACAAAGGUGGAAGUUCCAGUACAGGGAUACCCGAGGCAAUCCCCACGACCUCAGAGCUAAUUGAGCAGGCUCUAGAGGUCAGUUCUCUAGCAGCAGAGCAGGCAGCGGAAAGCAACGCUAAUGCAGCUGAAAGCAACGGCCCUCCAGCGAAAAAGCAUCGUCUGACUACUGCAAAAACGCGCGAUCACCCUCGUUGGAACGAUCCGGCUUCCAGCUCCAUGAACGCCGAUGAUGUAUGGCUCAAUUCAGUUGCUACAGGGCCCACAACAGCGAUAACCCCGGCAUCUGAAGCGUCUUUAAACAAGAAACGACUGGAGAUCGAGGAGAAGCGACUGCAGCUCGAGAUCACGCGGGACCAACGUGAAGAGCGUCGAGAGCGGCUGAACUUGGAGAUUUUAGAGACGCAAGUCAAAAGGGAGAAGCUGCUGGCGGAGAAAGAAGAAUACGAGGCUAAGGUACUGCUGGCACUCUCGAGGAAGCAACUGCGAGAUCAGGGCGUAAGUGAAGAGGAGAUCGACCGGAUCCUGCCAGUAUCCAGCCCCCAAGCAAAUAACAGUAACACCACUGAAGCAACCUGUGAGAAUGAUGCCACUGCAGACCAAGCCGAGUGAAGAUGCCACAGAUUCCAAUUAAGAACAACAAUAUCCCUUAUUUUGAUUAUACGGGAUUGGUUAAACUCCCUAACUUAAAAUUACAGACUUCAUGCACGCUAAUCGUACUGUAUUCACCACAAACCUGAGCAACUCUGACUAGAGUCCAUCGCUAGGCAAUAAUUGUCACUAAAGACGAACCGCGCUGUGUUCU